AUGCCACGUCGUAAUAGCAACUUUCCAUCGAACCCAUUGGUUGCCACUAUAGAUAUCGGUACUACCUCAGCAAGAGCUAUUUUGUUUUCUCAAGAAGGGCAAGAAAUUGCUAAACAUCAAAUAGAGUAUUCAACAACCGCAUCAGAAGCGCCUGAGAAUUCUCAAAAUACUGAUCAAUUUAGAAGAAGAUCGUCUUUGCUUAGACACGAUGAACCAAUUUUUUCGGCUGAAGGUAUUGCCAUCUCCAUCACUGAUAAUGUUGAAAUUGAAAACAACAAGUCUUCAGUCGGUCCCACUUUAAGAUUCCCACAACCUGGUUGGGUUGAAUGUAUGCCAGUUCAUAUUUUGGCCAAUGCAGUGCAAUGUUUAGUUGCUUGUUUGAUUACAUUAAGAAAAAUCAAUCAAAAUCCCAAUUUAAAAGUCAAGUACAAAGUUAAAUGUAUUGGUAUUGCCAAUAUGAGAGAAACAACUAUUGUAUGGUCGAGAAAGACUGGUAAACCGUUAAGUGGGGGUAUCACAUGGACGGAUACCAGAACCGCUGAAAUUGUUCAACAUUUGGAGAAAAUGAUUGAUGAGGAUAGAAAAGCUGAAUUGAAGGAAAAGACUGGAUUACCGUUAUCUACAUACUUUUCUGCUGCUAAAUUGAGAUGGUUGUUGGAUAACGAUGAUGUGAUUAGAGACGAAUAUGAAAAAGGUGACGGUAAUUUAAUGUUUGGUACUGUUGACACUUGGUUGAUUUAUAACUUGACCAAGGAGAAAUCAUUUGUUACUGAUAUUACCAAUGCAUCAAGAACUUAUUUUAUGGAUUUGGAAACUCAUGAUUAUGAUGACGAUUUAUUGGAUUUCUGGGGUAUUGAUCCCACAAGAAUUCAAUUGCCCAAGAUUGUUUCAUCAUCGGAACAUUAUGGUGCAUUUGCCGCACCCAACUUGUCCCACUUGGGAUUCCACAAUAAAAUCACCCAGGAGGCUUAUGAUAUAUUGAAAACCAUCACUGGUGUUCCAAUUUGUGGUUGUUUGGGUGAUCAAAGUGCGUCAUUAGUGGGUCAAUUGGCUUUGAAACCAGGUUCGGCAAAGUGUACUUAUGGUACUGGUUGUUUCUUGUUAUACAAUACAGGUACUCGUAAAUUGAUCAGUUCUCAUGGUGCGUUAACCACGUUUGGAUUUUGGUUUCCUUCGCUUGGUGGCGAUGAUGGUAAGCCACAUUAUGCAUUGGAAGGUUCAAUUGCCGUUGCUGGAUCCAUUAUUCAAUGGUUAAGAGACAACUUGAGGUUGAUUAAUGAAGCUCAGGAUAUUGGACCGUUGGCAUCACAAGUGGAAAACUCUGGUGGGGUUGUUUUCAUUCCUGCUUUUAGUGGAUUGUAUGCGCCAUAUUGGGAUAGAGGCGCCAGAGGUACCAUCUUUGGUAUGACUCAAUACACUUCAUCUUCCCACAUAGCAAGAGCAGCUUUGGAAGGUGUUUGUUAUCAAGUACGAGCCAUUUUAAGAGCAAUGGGAAGUGAUGCAGGAGCUUCUAAACAUUUUAUGGAAGAAGCACGUACUUCACAAGACGAUGAUCAACCAUUGUCACAAUUGGCCACUGAUGGAGGUAUGUCAAAAGCCGACGAGGUGUUGCAAAUCCAAGCUGAUAUUUUGGGGCCUUGUGUUACUGUUAAACGAGCACAAAUUUCUGAAUGUACUGCUUUGGGGGCUGCCAUUGCUGCUGGUGUUUCUUUUAAAGAUGAAAAUGAACGUAUAUGGAAAGAUUUUGAUGAUGUUGUGGCUAAAGUUACUGGAAAUGCCGAUGAUGAUGCCAAUACAUUUAAAGCAGAAUUACCUGAUGCUGAUAGGAGAAAGAAUUGGAGUCGUUGGGAGAAAGCUAUUGAAAGAGCAAAAGGUUGGUUAGAUGAAGAUGAUUAG